CUGUGGACUAAGGCAUUAAUGGCCGCUGUUGCCAACAGUGUCCUCUAGGUGAUUUUCUUGUAGUGAUUGUAGGAUGGUUUGAAGAACUUAAGACCAUCGAUAUAGAGUAAUGGGUAGCAGAGAGAUGGACAAACCUGCUAAAGAGAAAGAGAAGGAGACGAAGACAACACCUGCUACUACGCAGGAGCAGCCUGCGACUACUAGUACUGGCACUGUUAAUCCUGACUGGUCGGGAUUUCAGGCAUAUUCUCCAAUACCUCCACAUGGAUUUAUGGCCUCAAGUCCUCAAGCUCACCCGUAUAUGUGGGGGGUUCAGCAUAUUAUGCCCCCAUAUGGUACCCCUCCACACCCAUAUGUUGCAAUGUAUCCCCAUGGCGGGUUAUAUGCUCACCCGUCUAUGCCUCCUGGAUCUUAUCCUUUUAGCCCGUUUGCUAUGCCUACUCCAAAUGGCAUUGUAGAGGCUUCUGGUAACACACCUGGAAGCAUGGAAGCAGAUGGUAAGCCAUCUGAGGUAAAGGAAAAAUUACCAAUAAAACGAUCAAAGGGAAGCUUGGGCAGUUUGAAUAUGAUUACAGGGAAGAAUAACGAGCUUGGCAAAACAUCAGGAGCCUCUGCUAAUGGAGUUUAUUCCAAAAGUGCUGAGAGUGCUAGUGAUGGUACAAGUGAAGGAAGUGAUGCAAAUUCUCAGAGUGACUCCCAAUUGAAGUCAGGGGGCAGGCAAGAUUCUUUGGAAGGUGAUGUAUCUCAGAAUGGCAGUUCAGCACAUGGUUCCCAGAAUGGAGCACCGCAUACCAUGUUGAAUCAAACAAUGGCCAUCAUGCCAUUAACGGCUGCUGGUGCUCCUGGUGCUGUUUCUGGUCCUGCAACAAACUUAAAUAUUGGGAUGGACUAUUGGGGUGCUCCACCUUCUGCUGCCAUGCCUGCAAUGCGUGGGAAGAUUCCAACUACUCCAGUAUCAGCAGGAAUAGUUACUGCUGGGUCUCGGGAUAGUGUUCAGUCACAGAUUCGGUUACAAGAUGAGAGAGAGAUGAAAAGACAGCGAAGAAAGCAGUCAAAUAGGGAAUCCGCUCGUCGAUCUAGGUUGCGCAAGCAGGCGGAAUGCGAUGAGCUGGCCCAGCGUGCUGAAGUCUUAAAAGAAGAAAAUAACACUCUAAGAUCAGAAGUUAACCAGAUCAGGAGCGAGUAUGAGCAGCUUCUUUCAGAGAAUGCUUCUCUAAAGGAGAGGCUUGGAGAAAUUCCUGGUCAUGGAGAUAUACGGUCUGCCAGAAGUGAACCACAUUUGGGCAAUGACACUAAACAGAAUGCACAUACAGAACAGCACGGUGGCCACUAGGAUGAGUAACUCAGCUUUAUGGUGCCUUCUUGCAGGAGCACAAUCUAACCAAUUAGCAACAGUGAGUUUAUUUUGCGUAGCGUGUAGUUUGACCUUUGUCGAAGUUUUAACCUUUCAUAUUUUAGGAUA